AUCACCCACGCUCUGCUUUCUGAUGAACUCUCAUCGCGUCUUGUGAGCUUCUAGCCACAGACCAAGAUUAGUGUCUCUUUGUAGUUUGGACCUUUUUUCUUUCCUUUUAAACACCCUGUUAUAAAGGCGAGUCCAGCGCUAUGGAUCAGAGUGUCUAAGAAGCACGGGAAGCUGAUCACCUUCUUACGCUCCUUCAUGAAGUCCCGGCCCACCAAGCAGAAGCUGAAGCAGAGGGGCAUCCUCCGGGAGAGGGUGUUCGGAUGCGACCUCGGAGAACACCUCCUGAACUCAGGAUACGAUGUGCCCCAGGUCCUCAAGAGCUGCACCGAGUUCCUCGAGAAACAUGGUGUGACGGACGGCAUCUACCGCCUCUCUGGGAUUGCCUCAAAUAUUCAGAAACUGCGGCACGAGUUUGACUCUGAGCAGAUCCCCGACCUGACCAAAGAUGUUUACAUCCAGGACAUCCACUGUGUUAGCUCGCUGUGCAAGCUCUACUUCAGAGAGCUGCCCAACCCCCUGCUCACCUACCAACUCUACGAGAAGUUCUCUGAUGCCGUAUCAGCAGCAACGGAUGAAGAGCGGCUCAUCAAAAUCCAUGACGUCAUCCAGCAGCUUCCUCCACCGCAUUACAGGACUCUGGAGUUUCUCAUGAGACACCUCUCUCACCUGGCAACAUUCAGCUACAUCACCAACAUGCACAGCAAGAACCUGGCUAUUGUCUGGGCCCCCAACCUGCUGAGGUCUAAACAGAUUGAAUCUGCAUGCUUCAGUGGGACUGCGGCCUUCAUGGAAGUCAGAAUCCAGUCUGUGGUGGUGGAGUUCAUCCUGAACCAUGUGGACGUUCUCUUUAGCACUAAACUCAGCACACUUAUACGAGAGGGAGCAGGUCACAACUCGUUGUCACGGCCGAAGUCCCUGCUGGUUUCAUCACCCUCCACAAAACUAUUGACUCUGGAGGAGGCCCAGGCCAGGACUCAGGCUCAGAUCAACUCUCCGGUCACUGAAGACAGCAAGUACAUUGAGGUGGGCGAAGGUCCAGCUGCCCUGCAGGGCAAGUUCCACACCGUCAUCGAGUUUCCCACCGAGAGGAAGAGGCCGCCUAUUAAAUCCAAGAAGUCCCCUGUGGGUAGUUGGCGUUCUUUCUUCAACCUGGGCAAGUCUUCCUCCAUGUCCAAGCGCAAGCUUCACCGCAAUCCCAGUGAACCAAAUGAACUGAAAGCAAUGGCUCUCGCUGGAGGCAGAGGAGACACAGCAACGUUAAGAUCAGCCAAAAGUGAAGAGUCACUGAGUUCCCUGCAUAAUGUGGAAGGAGAGUCCAAGGUGUACCGUCCUCGGAGGCCACGCUCCAGCAGCGAUGCCCUGUCAGCAUCCUUUAACGGCGAGCUGCUGGACAGCCGGCAGCUCUGCAACUCCUAUGACAACCUGGACGGCACAGAGGACAGCGACGGAGACGACGGGCCCAUCUGUGUGCCUGCUCUCAUCUCACCUCCCCGCUCAGCAGGCGAAGACGUGGACCUCAGCCCACCAGACAUUGGCAUGGCCUCCUUGGACUUUGACCCCAUGUCUUUCCAGUGCAGUCUCCCAGACACCUCCUAUGCCUUCCCCCGAGAUGACUCACCAGCCGGGGCAGAGGCCUCCACAUUAAAGAGGAGCCCCGGCAGCAUCUGUGGCAAGACCAAUGGCUCUGACAUCUCUGCUGCCUUCCUGGGCUGCUUGUCUACCCCCUUGUUUCCCACAGACUUCAGUGGUGUUGCUGGAGAGAACAUGGAAAGCAAGAGAUUGACCACUUCCUAUUCUUAUACUGAUAAACCCACACAGGCUGUGUCGCCUAUUAAAUCUGGAAAGUCCAUUAGCAUGAGUCCUUUUACCAAUUCACAGAUUUUCUCUACAGAAAUGCCUGACACAGAUGUAGCUGGACAGGCUCAAUAUCCACAACCAUUACCUCUUCCUGUAAUACCCAAGGACUCUCCUCCCCUGAUGGGCAGCCUGCUGCUGAGGGCAGCUGAGCUGUCCUUGGGUGAAGCUUUCCAAAUGGAGCUGCACACGAAGCUGGCAGCAUUUGACAACAUAUACAGUCGAGAAGUGAAGGGAGAGGACAGUGUUCAGCAGGCACCGUCAGCCAGCAGCCCAAAUCACCAAGGAGUUUUAGCCUCAGCCCCGGACUCUUCAAAGGACCUCACCCCUCAUUCCCUCAGCUCCACAGAUCCCCCCUCUGCCCCUCCUCCUCCUCCCCCUCCUAAAAAUGCUGCCCGCAUGUUGGCCCUUGCCCUCGCUGAGUCUGCCCAGCAGGUCUCCAUCCAGUCUCAGUCAUGGUCCUCUGAGCCCGCAACACCGGUGUCCCCUCUGCAGUCGCAGGAUGCCUUUGACUUCCAGGAUUCGCCGCAUCAACUGGACCCACAUUUCCACAGUUCCUCUGAGGAGAUAGCUGAAAGGGGAAGUUCCCCACCACCAAACGGCACUGCUGCAGCUUCCACCACAGUCUCAUCUUAUCCCUCUGCUCCCAGUCCUCCAAUCAAACAGCAGCCGCUUGAGUUUACUGGCAUGAUCACCAAGCCAUCAGACAGUGCCAAGUCCUCAAGAGGUCCACCUGGACCACAGCCACCUAAAGACCCCACCCCACCAGACACUCCUUUUUACAAGUUCGCGCGACUCCCUAGUUCAUUAAGCCCGACUUCUCCAAACAGGAGAAGUCCAGAAAGACAGCAGGCUGUUGCAGGACAGGUCCCAGUCCAUACCAGCUCAUCCACUUCCACCCUAGCCUCCCCCCCCAGUGGCAGCUGUAAAGAUAAAGGAGUCUUACCACAACCUGGUCCUGAGGUUAAAUCAGAGGGAACUGCACCACCAGCAAUCCUUCCACAACCUUCAGAACAGCCGCCUCCGAUUGCUCAAAAGCCCAAAAAGCAGUCUGUGCCGCAGCAUCAGAAACACGCCCAGAGACAGACUCAUCUCCCUACACCGCCUCAACCUCAGACACAAGUCCAUUCCCAGCCUUCGAAUCUCUCAAAGGCCAGUGCAAGAGUGGCCCCCACCUCUGCUGAGCCUUUUGAGAAGCCUUGGGAGGCCAUUAGGCCAGUACAGCCCUGCACAGAUUCUGCAAAGUAUCACGACUCUUAUGGACCAAAACCUCCUGCCCCUCCUGUCCGCACCAUCGAGAGCAAGCUGGCCACUGCAGCGCUUAGCCAAAGUGAAGCCUCCUAUCACAUCUUGGAUGAGGGCCCUGCACCUGGCCACCAUGAAGAUGCUCUGCCUCACCAUCCUCUUUCUCCUCAUAAAUCUUCCAUGCACCAGCCAGCCUACUUGUAUCACGGUAAAGGAGAGGCUGUUUUAAUUGAACCUCCAGGAGCUGCAUACUACCACCAGAGACCUGUUCCUCUGGGCCUGCAGACCAUGCCACACCACUACCGGCCUGACAGUGUCCCCCCACACCUCUCCUACGUGUCCAAGUCUGAGCCUCAGAUACCUUACAGUGCCAGAGUAGACAACAGAUACAGCACUUUAGGCCCAAGGUCAUACCACCACUCCAUUAAGUCCAGAGGAAACCCCUGCAGUGUGUUUGUGUCUCCGGGCCCAGGGCAUCAGGGUUAUAGCCACGACCGAAACCAAGGCUAUCCCAACAUCCGUAGAGUGCACUCACUCCACGUUCCUUCCGCUGUCCGCUCAGUGCCCAUCCAAAGGACUGAGGUUCCUCCAGAAGACGACAUGUACGUCUACCACAGGCCCAUUUAUAAGUGCAAAGCCUACCAGCAGCCCCCGCAGCAGCCCCCACAGCAGGCCCAGCAGCAGCCCCCGCAGCAGUCCUCACAGCAGUCUUCACAGCAGUCUUCACAGCAGUCCUCACAGCAGUCCUCACAGCAGUCUUCACAGCAGUCUUCACAAGCGGACUACCACGUUACUCAACUGCAGCCUUACUUUGAGAAUGGGCGGGUCCAGUAUCGCUAUAGUCCGUACUCUGGUUCAAGCCCCCUGGAGGCUCCUUACUAUGACAUCGACCCUUAUGGCACCAUCCGAAUCCGGCACGUCCACUCUUAUGGCAGCCGAGAUCCCGGCGCUGCUGCUGGCCGACCAGGUGGAAAGGCGACUGGCUACCACUACCUUGCUCACCACGUUAUCCCACCAGGGAAGGAGCACAGCUUUGUGAGCAGGGACAUGCCCCCCAGCCAUGGGACAAAGGAAACUGCUUCUUACCUCUCUUGGGACCCCGAGGAGUCAGAAAGGCUUCGCAUGCACUCCAUCCGCAGGGAGAGCCGGGCCAGACAGAGGAUUAAAGGCCCUGUCCUCUCUCAGUAUGACAACGUCGGCUUGUUCACACCACCAGAUAUUUCAGGUUAUGAAACCCUACACCUGCGCAGUAAAUCUGACCCAGGUAAAGCUGUGCUGCUUGUAGCCGAAUGCAAAGAUGGCCGCUACCUCCCCAGACACAUGGUGUCAGACCCUGACGUCCUCAUGUACAUGGAGACUGACAAGCACGUCCAUGGCAGUGUAGCGGGUGACAAGUCGGAUGGACAUACCAAGCAAAGCAGUUCCAAAAAAUCGUCUCACUCCCUUCCUGCUACUCUGAGCCACAGUCUAUCCCAUCAGCAGGAGAGUGGUCGACACGAGGCCAAGUACGAGACUGGAGACGACCAGCUGUGUGGAGACAGCGGCAGGUCGAAACACUGGCAGCAGGAGUAUCCCACCCAGAGGAACUUCCAACCAAGGUACGAGUGUCCUGAAUCUGACCAGCACCAGAGUAAAGUGAAACCGUUGAGCGGCUACCACAGUGCGGAAGACCCGCCCUCAGCUCCAAGGGAACAAGUUGCCCGCUCCAAAUUGGAGCGAUCGCACAGCGUCCGAGAGCAGCAGCACUACAACCAGGGCAUAGCCGAUGUGGACAGAGACUACUCAUAUCAGAAACACGGCACGAAACCGCCACAGUCCCACUAUGAUAACUUGGACGAUUACCACCCAGUACCUCAACCUCAGGCUCCGGUCCAAAAACGUGGAGGCCCCGGCUCCUUUCCCGCCCCUGGGUUCUCAGCGAGCCACAGCAACAGAGCGUACUCCACAGCACUGGGCCAGGGAGGCUAUAUCCAGACUGAGCUGGCCAUGCAGAGGUCAGAGACAGAGAUCCGUACAGAAUGAAGCAUUUAGGGAGGAAACAUGUGAAAUUAUCUUUAGCUGUGUUGAAGAAAGACUAAUGAGCUAAGGUUGAGCAGCCUCUGCAGGACAGUGGACUGUCGCAUCACCGAUAUUUUUGCUCCUUUGUAUUUUAAUGAAUUGUAAAGAAAAUUGUAAGACUUUUGACAAAGUCUUGAAUGUACCUGAAAUUACUGUUCAAGAGGUCAUGUUAUUGUGAUGGAUUGAGACAGUACCCAGUCAAAAAUGUAUAUGAUAUGAAAGACGUAAGGUACUUUCAACAGGAACUACAAAAUGUAAAAUAUAUAUAUAUAGACAAUAUAUAUAUAUAUAUAUAUAUGAAUUUAGAAUCGAUAGUAAAAAGGGAUUUUUAGUUGUAUUUUUUUUAGGCGUGGCGCUGGGUAUGGGCAUCAACAGGGAUUACGGUUUGCAUUUUAAAAAUGCAUGCACUCUAUCUCUUACAGAACAGUUCUGUGUAGUUCACUAUCCAUUGCGUUCUUUCUGGAUGUUACAGCACAAGUUAUUGAAGGAGGAAACAUGUAGGUCAUGACGCCCCCACUCUGCUAAUAUGUACUCAAGUAGGCGGCACGGUGUAUCCAUGUUUGUCUUGAAGAAUCCAGCUGAGAGAGAAUUUUUAAUAAGGAGCUGCAGUGGGUUUCUUUCAGUUAAUAUAAAGCUUAUCAAUCUCUCAUUUUCUCUGUGACUGUGCCAUUUUUCAUAACUUUGCUAUAAAUAGAUUUGAUUUCUUCUGAUGGAAUGUUUUGGUACUUGUCUGUUCUCACAUGGAAGAGGGACCAAAAGAAUCGGGGUAGUUGUUGCACAUAAAGUGGGGAAGUGUGUCAUGGCUUUAGAUGUGUACCCAGGUGUGUCAGAAGUUGUUUUAUUUUGUCAUCACAAUCAAAGUACUUUAAUGAACUGGACUAACUGAACAAAUCUGAAAACGACAUCCUCUCAAACAACGUGGCAAGGAACAUGUUGCCGCUGCUUUGUGCAAAGAAAAAAACUUGGUGACGAGCCUUAAAUUUUGUUCCUACAGACGUGAUUUUGUUUACGGUCAUUGUCAUACAAGCCUAUUGUCAUACUGCACAAACAAUGUGAUAGAAUUCAGAUCACUCUUGGGGAUUCUUGGCAGUUCAGGGUUUGCAGGUGACCUGCUGUGGUUAUUCAGUUUUGUAUCACUUCACUGGUCCUGAGUUUAAAACACUGGGGGAUGGAAAGUUUUUUUAAGAUAUCUGGGGCCACUUUUUUCAAGCUGGAUACUAAUGUAUAGUACAUUCAUCUGGUAUUAUACUACAUGACCUUUUGGUUCAUCAUAAUGGAAACACUAUAAUAUGUUCAACUGUCUAAAUCCAGGUUGUACUCUGUAACCGUUUUACUUCUAUAUUGCUUGCAGGUUUUGCUCCUCUUGCCUUAUCUAAAGCCUCUUCCUUUUCAGAUGGGGUGUUAAAGUAAGGCACUGUGUACUUGAAUGUGAAAACACUCUUGUCUCAAACUUGAGGUAUCUAAAGUUAGAGAUGAAAUAAAUAAAACUGGUCAGGAAUAACUGUAAUCCAUGUGUGUUAUUAUGUGCAUGAUGUCUCUAAUACACUUGUGGUUUGUUUCAGAAUCAUGUCAAAUCUACGACGGGACACAAAGUCAUCGCAGUCAUCAAGCCUAGCUUGGAAAGGAUUACAAAGUAUUGCCCAUGUUGUGGGGACCUAAAUUUGUUUACAGUCACAUUGUGGGCAAUUGUCUUCCUUAGGGGGACAUAAAGCGAGGAAAACAAUGUAAAGCAUUAGAUCUGAAGGUGGAGACUUAUUUUAAGGUUAGAGGUUAAGCUAGUAGUAACUUAGGUUAAGUUAUGUAAUGUCCUCAAGAAAUGGGAAUUUGUUUGUUAAUAGUAAAUGGUCUGUAUUUAUAUAGGCUUUUCUAGUAUUGAUGACCAUUAAAAGCGCAUUGUGUGUGUGCGUGUAAAGGGCUCUAUCAACUUCAAAUGUUUUUUUAACCAGAACACAGUAUAUUUUAAAUAAAUACUUUUCAAAGUAGUGACAUGAUUCCACUGCACUGGUGGUAACUUGAAGAUCAUCGGCCAAGUCGGUCUUUUUUUCAGGUACGCUGAUACAUCUUUCUGUUAAAACACACAUUUUUUAACAACAUAGAAGAACAGUUGGUCACCUAUGUAAUCAUAUAGACAAUAUACUGACAUGUCAACAAUACAAUGAAAGAUGAGUGAUUAUCAACGUCGGUAACAUACACAAUCCAUUUCUUCAAAUAUUUCAACAAUUCAUAGAUUUAGAAAAAAGGCAAUUGGUUUGAACUUCAUUCGUUUCACCCAUCCAGUCAGUCUCGGUUGGAGUUUCAGACUCGGACGUCUUCAUUUUAUUAAAAAGAGGCGUAGGAACAACAUCUGCUGGAACAGAUGUUAUACUGGAAGAUAAAACACUUAAGCCAAGAGAUAAAAGAUACCAGUAGAAUUAAAGGAAUACUUGUGAUACAGUUCACCUGACCAAAUAGAUUGCUACAUGUAUUUUCAAUAAUAUGCUAAAUUAAGGCAUUAAAGAAAAAGGCUGUCUAGGUGUCAUACAUUCAUUAAAACAUGAAAGUUGGUUUUGAAUCAAAAUCGUUUUUCAGCAUCAGUGAUCAAGCUGAUCACAGCUUUGACACCACAGGCCCAAGCUCAUGAGCUGCAGCUCAAUAUUUAGAUUUUCUCUGCUCUCAUAAUACCACGUGAUAAUCGAGUUGUUUUUUAUCUUCAUACUCAUACAGGCUUAAAUAAAACAUUCCUUCUGGGAUUAGUUUUCUAUACUUAUUGGUUAGUAAUGUUUAGCACUUAAUUCAGAAUAAAGUGCCAAAUAGAUUUGUUAAGAGUUAUUCUGAGAUAUCCUUGUGACAUUAACACACGAAUCCAUAAAAAUACAAGACUACAAAGAAGGUUACAAGAAUAACUAUUUUUAUCUAAAGCUAAUAGAAUCUGUUAAAUAAGCCAAGUAACCAUAUUUUUUAUAUACUAGUUCAAAACCAAAACAUGGGCAUGUGUUUUAGUUAUAUUUGUUCAUAGGACACAACGAAAACCUUUAUAACAAAGACACAACAAUCACUAUAAAAGGUAUCUGCAAAGGUACAGCAGUCCACUAUGGUAGAUAAUGAAUUAAUCAAGUGAAUACUGUUUUAAAAAAUGUUUAAUAAAAAUGUAAGUUUGAGAUCAUGGAGCCAUUUACUUUAAUUUUGGUUUGAGAAAUGUGGACUGCGUUUUUUUGGCACACACAUUCACAUAUAUCUUAUGACAAGAUAUACUUUGUUUAAGUUUAAAAAGCUUUUCAUAUUUACAAUGGGCACUUUAAUUUAAUAUGACAGCUUUUCUGUUGAUUUCAUUUUGUCUUUAAAAUACAAUGGAGCAGGAAUUGAGCA